GUAGAUAUUUAGUCUUUGCCAGAUAGCUUAAAUUGUCACACGAUGAGAAAAAGUUUACACAAUUUUAGGAUAAUUUUCUGUUAUAGGAUGUAUAAUUUGUGAAGAUUAUGCAUCUAACAGAUAAAACACGUUUAAUUCUAUAAUUUCUCUCUUAAUCGAUGUUAAACUGUUUUAAUUAAAAGAGGUUAGGAACCACAAGAAUAGUACACGUAUGCAGCAACCUAGUGUUUUUACGAUAUUUGGCCAAUUAGGCCAGAAAUGACGUGAGUAGAAAUCUUAAAUAGUUGAAGUGACAAGAUGUUGCCCCUCACCCAGAAGGAUACAAGGACCCCGCGGGGACCUUUAGGCGGGAUACGCGAAAAGUUUCAAAACUGGCUCAGACUUAUUUAUUCGGACAAAAAUUCUAGGAACCUUUUCCUGUUUUUAAUACUUAACUUGUCCUUUGCUUUUGUCGAGUUAUUCUAUGGGAUAUGGACUAACAGCUUAGGUCUUAUUUCUGAUGCAUUCCAUAUGUUCUUUGACUGCACUGGUCUGGUGGCUGGCCUGGCCGCAUCCCUUGUGUCCAAGUGGAGAGCAAAUGAGCGUUAUUCCUACGGCUAUGCGAGAGCUGAAGUCCUAGCCGGAUUUGUAAAUGGCCUCUUCCUGUUGUUUAUUGCAUUCUUUAUUAUGAGUGAAGCUGUGGAAAGAGCCAUUGAACCACCAGAGGUGAAACAUGAACGUCUUUUAUUAGUGUCGGUGCUUGGUUUCCUAGUGAACCUGGUGGGCAUAUAUGCGUUCCAUCACGGCCACGGACACGGCCAUGGCCACUCGCACGGAGGCCAUGGUCACUCGCACAACCACGACCACGGCCAUGGCCAUGGCCACUCCCACGACGACAUGGAGGCGCCCACCGGGGCUGGCUCCGCUAUCAUGCGAGGCGUCUUCCUCCACGUGCUGGCCGACACGCUCGGAUCAGUCGGUGUCAUCAUCUCCGCCAUAUUGAUGCGUACGUUCGGCUGGAUGCGAGCCGACCCUAUUUGUUCAAUGGCCAUAGCGUUACUAAUCGCGGCGAGUGUACUCCCCCUAGUGCGUGACUCCGCCGGUGUCCUAAUGCAACGGACUCCGACUUCCAUCGAACGCGCUUUGCCCAAUCUGUACACGCGCGUGGUGGGCCUGGCGGGUGUGCACGCGGUGCAGGAGCCUCACUUCUGGACGCUGUGCAGUGAUGUGCACGUGGGGGCGAUCAAGCUGGAAGUGGCGCGACAAGUGGACCCGCGCUACGUGACGGAGCAGGCCGCGAGGAUAUUCCGCGAGGCGGGCGUCAAACACCUUACAGUGCAGUUGGACUAUUCCCCACUUUGAUGAUCGUAAGCAAACAGUCACAAAUGUACAGAUAUCCACAAAGUGGAGUGUUGUUGUUUGAGUCACUUGCUUGUCGUAAUCAGAGACGCGACCAACAAGGUCUUUGCCAUUUAUUGUAAUAGGAAGCUAUGACAUUUUUUAAAACUAAAAACGUUAUGGUCCUUCGAGCCGCAUUUGCUUUAAUAUGAAUCAAAAAUUAACCUUACUUUACAAUUGUAGAGAAUAUAAAGUUAUACAUGCAAGAGAGAAAGACGUCAAAAACGUCUCUGAUUACGUCAAUAAUUUUGAUUAAAACAAUCAAUUGUAUAUAAGGAAUGUAUUAUAAGAGCCCAAUAGUUCCAGAAUAGGCCCGUUAGUGUGCAAAUUAGGAUUUUUUUAUGCAAUGUUUUUAAAGUUUUUAUAUGAAAAAUGAAUUAUGCGUGCUAGCAAAUAGUGUUACUUAGUGUAAACUAAUUUCAGAAAGCUUGUUUAAAGCAGUUGUUUUAUGUUAAAUGUGAUAAGACUUGAAAUACUUUGUUUCCAUUUUUAUAUUGAUUUCACUCAUUGAAUUGACAGUUUAAAAUGUAUAACUGAAAUAUGUUAGCUACAAUAUACUCCAAAGUUAUAAACAAAUGGCCAUCAAUAGCCAUUAAGUCGGCCUUUAGGUAUUUAAAAAAAAAUUGUCGCUAGAUUCCAGAAAAAAUGUUCUGUGGUCGAGAGCAAACUUACAGGGUUAUUAAUUUAUUGCCCCAACAAUAUAAAAAGCUCUUAACAUCUAUGAGUUAUUAAUAAAAUUGUUACCAAUAAAUUGGGAACCAGGGCUAGCACGAAAA